AUGUUUAAAGCUCAGCAAAUUAAAUCUAAAUUGAAUAUUUUCUUUAUCAUGAUAGAAUAGUCCAAAUAGAAACGAUCUUACACCAAAAUACCUCCAAGUAAAAAGAGAGCUUUGAUUCAUAAGGUUUUUCAAAAUGGAUUGCAAAUUAAGCAAGUAUGCAUGAGUAUGAAAAUUAAGGCAGCUUAGUAAUUAUAACUGAAGUAUGCUACGGCUAAAACAAUAAUCCUUCUUUACAGAAUCAAAGUGGUGCGGAAAAAACUUAUAUUCUCAUCAAAUAAACGUUGUUUAAUUCUUCCUUUAGACAAUAAGAAAAAUAAUGUUAUGAUUGUCUCUUUGAUUGCUGGAAAACUAUAAAAUUAGAAAUGA